UUUUUUAACUCGGCCUCAAAAAUAUGUUUGCUGAUAACCACUAUUGCCGGUCUACAGUACAGAGUUGGUCCACAGUUUCUGUUGAGUCUCCUGACUAAUGAUGCUAAACGUUAGGAUGUAAAUAAUCUUUUCCCAUUGCUUGUUACCAUGAAGCUAAGUGAACGUUGUUUUAAAUACACUUACAUUGAAUGGCUGUGAUGAUGUGUACAUUGCGUCUACCUCUUAAUGUAGUUAAUAAUGACUUCAACUGUGUUCACUUUUAUGUGGUAACAAAUAUAUCCAAGAAAAUACACCUGUAUGACGACUGCAAGCGCUGUCUGCCGGCACUGCUGGCUGUGUCCUAAAUAAGGCAAGUACAAGAGGGGUAUUGAUUUUCUCAUUUAUCCCUCAACAAGAAGGCAAACAAGAAUGUUAUGUAUGGGGCAAUUUCAAGGCCGGGGAUGGUGACUGGCCUGGAAGGAAGGUCCUUUGGUUGCUAAGCAACCUCGGGCCAUGACAAAAAUUUAAGGUAGUCAAUAACAUGUCUUCUUCCCCGAGUUUUUUUUAAGUGCAACAAAGAGCGUUAUGCUUUUCAGUAAGUUUUUUAACACUUUAACAAGACUUGCCAGUAAUAUUUUUUAUCCAUAAAGUCAUUUCUUUUCAUGCUUGUCUUUCUUACAAUUACAAGAAAACUGAAGUCUCCCUGGACAGUGAAAGGCAGAGCACAUGUAGCUAAAUAAACAAAACUUUCUCACCUAAAUUACAAACUAUGGAAAUUCAAAAUAUGCGAUUAAUCAAUUCAAGUGACACCGCCUGAAAUCACAAACUUUUACAUAUUUCCCCCACCCCUGAUUUCGACGUCCGAGUCCUUUAAGCGUUUCGGCGAAACAGCAACGUGCUUCGCUUGACGGGAAUGGCGUCAUCACACUGACCCUCCCUUUCCGUCCUCUGAUUGGCCCAACCGUGGGAAUAUCCGCGGAGGCAGCGUUGAUUGAUUGGCUCCGGGGGACGGAGCCGGUUUGGCCAGAGCGCCGGACUGGACUCAUCAUUUCCCCUCAGCGACGUCUCUCAAAGCGGGGAAGCCAGCACUACAACACCGGCUCUUCCUCCGCGGAGCUACGGGGCUGUCUGGGACGAACAAACCGGGGCCAAGGGGUCGGCGAAAGAAAGGAUUAAAAUCGUCGCGGUGGCUUCGUCAAGGAGUUCAAUGGCAUCGCGGAAUCUGCGGGAAGGAAAACACUGGCACUUCCAACCAGCCAGCCGCGGAGAAGAUAAACAAGCCGCAUGAGGAGAAAACUCUCAGGUGCACCCAGGCUGUGUGCAGCCAUUAAGCGCCACCAUGCUGGCUUGCAUUCAAAGACGGCAGAACCUGUCUUCGCAGCAUUUGACCUGCGUGCCGACAAGCCUGGAUGUCCUGACGCCACCAUUGCUGCUACCUGCGCCCCCGCCGUCGCAGCCACACACUAGCAAAGGCGAGCCACCCUCGGCGGCUUCCCGCUACCCGUCUCCCGCCGAGCUGGACGCCUUCGCCAAGAAGACCGCCAACAAUCCACUGUGCAUCAAGAUCUUUCCCUCGGACAUCCGGGUACCGCAACACAAACAGCUGAACAAGACGGUGAACGGCUUGGACACCACGGGCCAUAGCUACAGCCCCUACUCGCAGCCCUACUCCGGAGGCUACCGGGGCUUGUUAGCCAUCGGCAAGGCGGCGGCGGUUAAGGGUGUGGUGAAGAACUCUGAGGGGAAAAGGACCAAACAGACGCACAAUCAGGCUUGUCUGACGCCGUAUAAAAAUCCAGUGAAUGGUGGAUAUAGCAACCGGCACGGGCACAAGGCCUAUCACGUAAACUCGUGUAAGCCCGACGUUCCUGUGGAAACGCUUUGUUCUCGUGCCGAGCUGCCCUCCGGAGAUCACGGCCUGCUCCCUCACUCUGAGCUGGCGGAGGUUCAGAGCCUGAUGAGGCAGCUGAACAGAGUCCCCCGGCCAGGGGGCGAGGCGAGGGCCAGCCCCUCUCUGCGGGCGGUGGCGGCGGUGGCGCGCCCGGACUUGGGCGCGGGCGUGCCCCCGACGCAAAGUAGCAUGGCGUUCGGCGGGGCAGUGGUCCCCACGCAGAGCGCCGCCCACGUGGCCCAAGCAGACUACGCCGUGUGGCAGCGCAGCCAUCAGGUCUACCGACAGGGAGCGGCGAGGAUGUACAACCUCGCGGCGGCCGACUGCGGCGUGGGACAAUCUCCCGAAAGCUGCCUAACUUUGGCGUCCUCCUCUUACGGGGUGCAUCCACCCAUGCAGGGUCACUUGUCCGUCAGACACUUCUUCACGCCGCUCUGGGACGGCCUCACCGCCACGCCCAAUGGCGACUGCUACGCUUCUCAGGUGCCGGGUACCAUGGCGCCCCCGCAUUCCCAACUCCGCCAACACCACCAGACACAUUUCCAUCCUCCCCCUCUUCCAGUUCAUCCUCAGGUCUACGGCACAGAGCAAAAUGCCUGCCGCGGGCCGCCGGGCGCCAGUCUAUGCCACGCCGCAGCACUCAGCAGAAGUCUGCAGUCUCUGGAGUGCCUCAUCAGUGAAAUCCAGCCGCCCUGCAUCAAAGAGCGCAUGCUGGGCCACGGGUACGAGGCCGCCGGGACGCAACAGAUGCUGGAGCAGCAACAGCAGCAGCCUCAUCAUCACGCCCACAUCCAGCUUCCAGUCUACAGAUGAGACGCGAGGCAACUCGCUUUGAAAUCCAGUCUGCCCCCGUUUGGACAGAAAAACGCACUAAAUCUUUGACCAAAAUAUUCAGGAAUUCUCACCAAAACACGGAAUUUGAAUUUUAGCACGUUGCUCUAAUACAGGCGUAAGAAAAUAUGGUCAUGCGGCGUCUGCACAGAUUCGCUCCGUUACUUGACAAGUGUCGCUAGGGCAUCUUGGCCAUGAAGUUCUGCCUCCGCGAGUGAAAAUUCAAUUUGUGCUUUUACCCUCCCACACUCGAGGCUCUGCAAGGAGUAGCCACUCGUCUGGCCGCAUCCCUCAUACUGUAGCUCCGCCCCCAGUCGUUACAGUUACGAAAGCACCGGUACCACGGUGGAGGGGGCGCAGGAGAAGCAGCAAAAAAAUGCACACUAUGCCCCCCUUGAAGAAUUAUAGAUCAGCUAGUGGUUAGCAGUUGUACCAGCCCGUAUAAGUCGAACAGUGAUUUUCAAACGUUUUACACCAAGGACCACCGUGAAAAAUUCCGAGCUCUCCAACGACUGCCACAAUGACUAAAAUUAAAAUACAGUAGUGAGCAGACCUAAAGGUUCAGCAAAAAUGAGACGAGAAAUGACUGUUGCACCCCACCUAAAAAAAAAAAGUACAUGUAGUACUGUUGUAAAUCACUGGAACCUUAUGCACUGUCUGAAUAUUAACACUGCACUUAAAUAUAGGGCAAAAAAACUUCUGAUUGAUUAAAAUAAAAUGUAUUGUACAUUAAAAACAAAAACAAAAAAAAUCAAUGAAAAAAAAUCCUACCUAAAUGCUGAAAAACAAACCGUGCUAAUGUACUGAACGGACACGCUAAAUACAAAUGAACUGCACUUGGGCAGGGAUUCUUUGGCGUACCACCAGAGGCGAUUUUUUUUUUUUUUUAAUCACAGCCCUCAGGAACCCGAAGCAUUGCAUGUGUUUUUGAAUCCUUAAUCCAUUGUUUGACUCCCCCCGCCCCCCACCCUGAAAUUUGGGGUUGAAUUCCAAAUUUUGAGAGUCCGCCAUCAGUUUUCAGUCCCGUGUGUGAAAGGACUUUGCUAGGAAAACGGCAAUCGUGAGCCGAGAUGCUAAUUACUCUUCACACUGAUGUAGAGCGCUAACAGUGAGCAUUUUCCGCCACCAUCAUAAUAAUAAUUACAAUAAACACAGAGGUACUGUACUAGAAUCUGCUGACCCGCUCGUCGAGAAUCAUGAACACUCAGGCUUCUCCAAUAUGAUUCUUGCGCUCACUGUAUGGCGGUGGGAGUAGGGGAUAAAGAUGUGAAUAUUUUUUUUCUGUGUUGCGCAUUACUCACGAUGAUAAAUAUUCUGUCACGUUUUAGUUGAUUCUAACGUUGUCCGCCGCAGGUCAGGCUAAGCAGAACGUGCCCUUUGAUUGUGUUUUGACCUGGGGGGUGGGGAGGUUUCUUGUUUGUUUUGGGGUCAUUUUAAGAAACAAGCAUUCACUGAACUUACUGGGUUAACAGUUUCAAUCCAAUACAAGAGCCGAAAUUCUUCCUUCGCAAGUGUCGAGAUGUUUCUGAAAUUUCGAUAUGACUCUUGGAUCGGAUCUCACGAGACUGUGCAGGUGUACUGCUUUUUUGAUUUCCUCUCCACAACUCUGGAAUGUCGUGCCGCCGACACGCAAUUGAAAACAUCACGGCGGGUACUUGCUUGUGUGUCUGCACUGCUUGUAUUAUAUUUAUUUAUGUUGACUUGUAUAGGGGCUGGG